UCUGCGGAAGUAAGAGCAGUCUCUGCAGUCAUCUCCUGUACUGUCCGCAGUCUCUGGUCAUCCCUGUACUGUCUGCAGUCUCUGGUCAUCCCUGUACUUCCGCAGUCUCUGGUCAUCUCCUGUACUGUCCGCAGUCUCUGGUCAUCUCCUGUACUGUCCGCAGUCUCUGGUCAUCUCCUGUACUGUCCGCAGUCCGCAGUCUCUGGUCAUCCCUGUACUGUGUCCGCAGUCUCUGGUCAUCCCUGUACUGUGUCCGCAGUCUCUGGUCAUCUCCUGUACUGUGUCCGCAGUCUCUGGUCAUCUCCUGUACUGUGUCCGCAGUCUCUGGUCAUCUCCUGUACUGUCCGCAGUCUCUGGUCAUCUCCUGUACUGUGUCCGCAGUCUCUGGUCAUCUCCUGUACUGUGUCCGCAGUCUCUGGUCAUCCCUGUACUGUCCGCAGUCUCUGGUCAUCCCUGUACUGUGUCCGCAGU